GCCGGAUGCUGGUCUAAUAUGGGAUGGUUAUGCCCGCGUCACAUUCAGAUGGCCCACUAAACUCACUGCGAGUUCUUGUGAAAGGAUUCGGCCCCUACACUCAGAUUGCAACCCAAGUACGAGCCAGUGAUGGGGAGCGCUUCAUCCGAUAGGCGUAGCACGUCGAUCUUGAGGGAUGUAAGCUCGUGCCAGAACGCGGGCUGGACGAGAGAGGCGAAAGGGGCGAAUUGGACAAUCGGCAUGUCUGUUGUGGUCGCAGUUCAAGUCAUGGAGCAGUGGGUGAUGGAAUCAACUGCUUCCUUGUUGGGAAGUCUCCCCAACAUGAGCCGUGGUUCACAAUAGGGAAAGUACCUUAUUUUGAAAACUUGUCAGAAGCUGAGACGUUGAACGAGUGCAUGCAUCUUUGAACGCUUCCAGUUCAGGUUCAAGCUGGUUCAGUCUCCUGUCACGGACCAGAGGACGAAACUAUUGACGGCAGAAAUGUCAAAAGCAGUCACGUGCUCGUCACCAAAUUUUGGACUUUCGGAAACCCCCGGUUUUAUGCUGCCAUGCACCGACUCGCGCGACUGGUGAGUUCAAGACAAACAGCAGCUUCCCUCACGGCGCGCCGUGUGUCCCGUGCAUCUAUACCCACUUCGAGCCUGACGCACCGGCGUCAUGCUUCACAAAAUGUCAAUCCGGAGUCACUCUACGCGCAAUACGUGCAGGACCUGAAGAACCCCGCGUCGGCCCAUUUCAACCCCAAUUCCACUCCCGUGUCUUUCGAAGAGUUCUCGAAGAGAUUUCAGCCUCAAGAACCCAGGGCAGAGGCAACACCAGCCGCUGUCCUCGAAGAACUCGCAGAGCUGGGCAUCACUCCGGAAGCCGAUGAAACCUAUCACGCAGAGCCCUUCGUGGACCCCUCUCUAGAACCCACUUUCCAAAUGCGCCUGGCGAAACUCGGGAAAGUGGUGGAGGAGCAAACCGCCCCCGCGGAGGAGGUCGCGCAGCGCGUGGCGCAAUUGUUGUCUUCUGGGUCAGCCCUAGAGGACAGAUGGUCUGCCGAGCUUGUGGAGCACCAACUGGCGAGGUAUAACGGGCCGCUCUCGGCGCUCAACGCUCGGGUAGAAUGGUAUCUGCAGAACACGGAGGCCAUUCAAUUGACGGAAGCCGGUGAUGUUCCCGGAGUGCUGGACGCGCCGAGGGAAGUGUACGACAACUCGGAAUAUUAUUACCGUCAGACCUUGGCCGACGAACUAGCAACUCAUCUUCGGAACCGUGAUGUGCAGUACACGAUUCAGAACAUCUUCACACAGGAAGAUCAAGGAGCUCUGUUCUCUCUACUCGACAGUCUCGUUGCACCUCUUUUCAAUGAGAAUCCUGAAACCAUGCGAGCCAUCUCAGAUUUGUUCGCCAAAUACGACGAAGACGUGCAUUUGGUGUUCCGCACAGAACCUCGGUUGCCCCGAAUCCGUCGUCUGGAGGCUUUCAUGCGUCUGGCCCCAAUGCCAGGCGAUGAAACACCACAAACGAAAGCAGCUCAAGAGCAAAAGAUCAAGAAACUCGUCGCUGAGGUCAAGCGAAAGAACGAGGAGAAAGUCGAGGCAGCUCGUUUGGCGAAGAAAACACCAUGGCCUGAUUUGAUGACACGGGAUCCCCUACUCGAUUCGCGCGAUGUCAUGGAGAUCCCUGCGACAAAGGAGAAUCCGUAUCACAAUCGGGUUGUCAUCCGGAACCACCACUCCAUCUUCAAUGAGGCACUCCAAGCGGACGGUUUCGAUUUCGCAAACCACGAGCCUACGAAAUCGAAUGACGCUCACGGUGAUGCCGCAUUGAAGAGGAAAUUGAUGGUUCCCGACACGUCCAACCUGAUCGUCUACUCCGUCUACAGAUACAGGGCCAUAAAACAGACGGGGAAAGGGAAACUGGCUCGUGCGGUGGCUGUUUUCAUUGUCGGUGAUGGCCAGGGGAUGGUCGGCAUGGGCCUGGGCAAGCACGAAGACAUGAAGACUGCGCAGAGCAAGGGCAUCACCGAUGCUGUCCGAAACAUGGACUGGGUCGAGCGUUUCGAGGAUCGGACGAUCUGGACGGAAGUCAGAACCAAGUUCGGCGCAACCCAGGUGAUCUUGAGGCCCCGGCCCGUCGGAUUCGGUCUGCGAUGCAACCCUUACAUCCACCGCCUGCUCAGUGCUGCGGGCAUCAAAGACAUCAGCGCCAAGGUCUGGGGCAGUCGCAACCGUAUAGGGGUCAUGAAGGCGACGUUGCGUUUGCUCCAAGCUGGCCAUGCACCAUUGGGGAUGGGCGACGGAAUCGGGGGCAAGGGUCGCAAGAGUGCCAAGGGGGUCGGUCUGCGCAACAAAACACAGAUCGAACGGGAACGAGGAAGGAGGUUGAUCGACUUGAGGGUGUAA